GGAAAGGAUGAGGUCCGGCUAUUUGGGUGUGUCGCCAAAAGGUGCAGUGUUUCGAGGUGUGGUCCAUCCAAAGGGACUUUGAUCAGGGAAAGGUCGGCUAAGCUUGAACGCAACCCCGUACAGAAGGAGAAAUGAAAGGCACGAGAGAUGAUCCGGAGACGCUUCAGUGAGAGAAUGAACUGGACUUGUGAGGGUGGGUCAUGGUAGCAUGGAUUCGAAGUCUUGGAAUGUAUGCGGAGACGUGAGGGCCAAGUUAUGGAGAUGAGAAAGGGCUUCCCGGUCAAUUGUGUAGAUAAGGGCGUGUCGGAAAAGAUAUCGGCGGGCCUGGGAAUAGAAAGAGCGGGAGACGAGAGCGCAAGAUUUGUCAUCGGAGAGAUUAUCCUGUAUUUCCUCAUGAUUUCCAUCGGGAUUUCGAAGAGUAGGGUGCCUUAGAUAGUUCGACCUCCAUUGGCACCGAAGAGAAGUCGCCAAGUCAGAAUCGCUAAGUAUUGGGAUUCAAGUCAUCGCCGUAAUAGGUAGUGCUGAACACAGGAAAAUCAGCAUGAGACACUAGUGCGCACAAACACAGACAACGGUCGAGGUGACGGCCUUCACAUAACCAGUAGUUAUUGAAAUAGCCAAAAA